AUGUUUCUUCCUCUCCCGAUGGUGAUCGACGGGACCCUACUGAGUUUGGUCGACAGGACCCUACUGAGUUUGGCAGACAGGACGCGCACAAGGGCCAUCUGCCCACCACCCGAGGCCACUCAGUCUGGAUUCCUCAAGCUAAACCGUGACGUCCUAUGGGUUAUCACAUCCUUCCUUACGCCCCUUGAAGCCCUCAGUCUGUCGAGGACAACUCCGAGUGGCAAUGUCCGAGACGUAGCCAGAGCCCGAGCGUUCUCUUCUUUGACGGUGCACAAAACCAACAAUUAUCGCCACGACUUCCGCAAAAUUAAGAGAGUUUGCGAAUUCUUGCUUGAUGACAUUCCCGAUCGCGUGGUCCACCUCCGGAAGCUUAAUCUGCAAAUCAACCACGGCCCAGAUAUAGAAAGUCUUGACGAACUCCGUCAGCAACAGGACCUGAAGGACGCAACAUCCCGUCUGACAGAACUUCUCUAUUUUGCAAGGGGCCUCCAGUCCAUUAGGCUGGAAAACUUCGCCACACUGAUAGGCAUAGAACCACGCAUAACAGAUGCUAUCGUUACUAUGCCCAACCUGCGUAACCUUGACAUCUAUCUGCUCCGCGACGGUAAACUGGUGUGGGAAUUUCUCUCGCGUAUGCGGCGCAAUCUGCAUAAAUUGCGGAUUGCGGACUUGGCCCUCCCGACCCGGAUCAGGCCCAACGUGUACGAGAUAAUCUGCGCAAUCAAAAACAUACAAAUCAAGACCCUUGAGCUGGACGGAAUAGUAUACUCUUUACCCAGCAAAUGCGCCACCACCCUUGCUUUUUCGUUGCCAUCCGUGCACGAGCUGCUCAUCAAUCGAUCCCGUUUCUCGAUGGCAUUGCUUGUAAAUGCAUUUCCUAAUCUGCGAGUGCUGCGACUUGGAGAGCCACCGAUGACUGCAGACUUUGGUUCCUGGGCAACCAUCGACUUCGCAGAUGCUGGUUCCUGGCCAAUCUUGGACUAUGCUGAGGGCCCUUCGAAGUUCUUUGAAAGGUGGUCGCCUGCGUUUCCGAUCCGCUGCGUCUCACUUACCGAUGAGCUUGCUGGCCGCAUUACGGAACCAGACGCUUCAGACAGGCGCGAGAGAACUUUGCAACUAGCCGAGCGGGUGGGACCUAGGGCUCUUGAAUUUGCGACCUACAUCUUCUCAAGCACGGACCCGUCUGCUGGCUGCGGAUCGGGACCAUGCGUUCGAUACGUGCGCGACACAGCUUUUCAAGUGGCCAAGCAGGUUUGCCCUGAGGGCCUUGCUUUCUCGAUCCUCGUCGACCCAAGGCCAGGCCCAUACCUCCCUCCUCCAGAACCCGAUAUGAUGCGCUUUUACGAUGUCUUUACAGACUCAGGGCAAGCCGAAUACUUCUGGGCCCCAUUAGUUGCAAGUGUCCCCGAGCUGCACUUUCUCAACCUCACACUCCGUAUUCCUCCUCGGACGAAUGACUUGAUGGCGGUCCUCAACCCGUACAUGUCUCGUCAGAAAAUACUUUGUGAUGCUUUUAAAUGUCUACCGAGGCUGACUCUCGUACGGCUGUCGGUCAUAUACGAUACGUUCCAGAAGGAUGGCUCCGCUUCGUGGCUGCCCGCAUCUAUUACAUCAAAGCAGGCACGUAUGCUGGCAUCGACACUCGUCGAGACGUCUAUCCGUUACGUGUCCUUGUCUUUCACCGCCUGGCGAUACAGGACGAACAAGGGUAGAGCGACUCAGGAGGAACUCGUCCGGAGCGCAGCAUGGAAGAUCUUCGAUAGGCGAGGAGUGAAGAGCCUUGAGCCUAUUACACAGUCCCAUGAAGAGAUGGUCUACAAGCGCAUUAUGGACACCGGUUCCGACUUCACUACAAAUUCAUGA